AUGUCAGACAUGGAGGAGGUCUUGGAGAGGCAAGAGCGAGAAAUAAGAGAAAGAAUGCGUAGACGAGCAGCAAGCAAAAGAGCGCAGAGAGAUCUAGAUCAGCAACUUGUCAUGGCUGUGGCCAUGCUUGAUGAAGAAAACCAGAGCAGUCGUGGUUCACAUGAAGGUCGUGCCCAAAUGUUGACAGACAUAGGCAUUCUCGGGAGAAAUUGUGCUGGUGUUUUGGGACUGUUUCCCGAACAAAAGUUCACAGCUGUUAUACGAAUGUUGGCGUAUGGUGCAUCUGCUGAUCAGGUGAAUGAGAUUGCCCGGAUGGGGAAGUCCACUGCCUUGGAGAGUUUGGGUAAGUACGGAAAUCGGAAAGGCCAAAAAAGCAUCAUCCUUAAAGCCGUUGCAGGUUUCGAUACAUGGGUCUGGCACGCCUUUUUCGGAGUUGCUGGAUCUCAAAAUGACUUGAACGUCCUGGGUCAAUCCCCGGUGUUCAAUGAUGUUUUGAGAGGAGAAGCCCCAAAAAUCACAUAUGAAGUCAAUAAUACCGUCUACCAAACACGGUAUUAUCUAGCUGACGGGAUCUACCCGAGGUGGACAACAUUCGUGAAAUCACUUUCGCAUCCCCGAACCCAAAAGCAAAAAUUAUUUGCUACAUAUCAAGAGGGUUACAGAAAGGAUGUGGAGAGGUGCUUUGGUAUCCUCCAAGCUCGGUGGGCGAUCAUUAGGGGUGCGGCACGUAUGUUUGAUGAGGAGGUGUUGAGGAGCAUCAUGAUGACAUGCAUCAUUCUUCAUAACAUGAUUGUGGAGGAUGAGUAUGAUUACGAAGCUGAAGAGGUGUACGAACCCGAUCCCAUGAACACGGCCUUGACCCGAAUUCAUGAAAAACCAAUAGGGCCAAAUGGAGAACCAGUGGAGCAUGAACCGUUGGUUAGAGAUGGUCUUUUCAUGAACUGUAUGAUUGAUCGAUAUACGAAGAUGCAAUCUUCAUAUAUUCAUGAACGCCGUCAAGUUGACUUAAUGGAGCAUUUAUGGGCGGUGAAAGGCAAUGACGGUGAAUGA